AUGGUACACUCUGAUGAGUUUACAGUAGGCUGGAUCUGCGCUAUAAGCACGGAAUUGACAGCCGCCCAAAGUUUUCUUGAUGAGAAAUAUGACUCAGUCACGAAUGUUUCCCAAGGAGAUUAUAACAACUAUACGCUAGGUCAAAUUGCAUCCCACAACGUUGUUAUGACUGUUUUACCCGAUGGGGAGCAUGGAACAGCAGCUGCAGCAGUCGUUGCUGUGACUAUGCUAAACAAGUUUCCCAAUAUCAGAAUCGGCUUGAUGGUUGGCAUUGCCGGUGGUGCGCCCAGCAAGAACCAUGACAUUCGGCUGGGCGACGUUGUGGUGAGCUAUCCUCUUGAUGGAAGAGGUGGUGUGCUGCAAUAUGACUUUGGGAAAACAAUCCAGAAUCAGGCAUUCCAGAUCACACGGUUUCUCGACCCGCCUCCCUUUCUCCUACGUUCGGCCGUAAGCGCCCUCAUGGCAAACUAUGAGAGCUCGGGUCAUGAUAUUAAAAGGACCAUCGAGAAAAUUAUAGAACAAACUCCUCGACUUCGGGAAAAAUACCAGCGACCACCUCUCAGCAGCGAUAUAUUGUAUCGAUCUGCAAUUAUUCAUCCUACAGAUAGUGAAAACCCCUGCUUAGAGCUUUGUGGAGUUGACCCAUCACGUACCAUCAGGAGAGAGCCCCGGGAUAAUGACUACGAGGAUGAUCCUGCUAUUCAUUACGGAGUGAUCGCAUCAGCAAAGCGGGUAAUGAAAGAUGCUCAGAUCAGGGACAAGCUUGCUGCAGAAAAAAAUGUGCUAUGUUUCGAAAUGGAAGCGGCAGGGUUGAUGAACCUUUUCCCAUGUUUGGUUAUCCGAGGCAUAUGCGAUUACUCAGAUACUCAUAAGAACAAGCAGUGGCAGGGAUACGCAGCAAUGACCGCAGCUGCAUACGCAAAAGAUCUUCUCUCUCUAAUGCCAUCCGUACAAAUUGCAGCUGUACAACCGAGCAAAGAAGAUUUUGCUUCUAUGGCGGGGACUAAACCCGGAGAAGCUGCUUCCGGAAGACCAGGAGGAAUGCGCUGUUAUCUGACUGUCCCACCCACGGUAUGUGUGCUACAUGUUGUAGAAGUGGAAACUGAACUGAUGCCAAUGUCGAUGUAG